AGGGCGUUCGUGAAGAAGACCAAGGGCGGGCGCGUCGUGAAGGUGGUGCGAGAGCACUACCUCCGCGACGACAUCUACGUCGGAUGCGAGCUCGCGUCCCCCGAGCUCCGCGGCCCGGACCCCUCCGCGCACGUGCUCUCCCCCGCCGCGGACGCGUACGUCGUCAUCGACACGAACGUCGCGCUGCAUCAGCUCGACCUCCUGUCGCACGCCGCGGUCACGGACGUCGUCGUCCUCGGCGUCGUCCUCGAGGAGUGUCGCGCGCGAUCGCGACAAUCCUACGAGCGCCUCCGCGCGCUGUGCAAGGACCCGGCGAAGCGCUUCUUCGUGUUCGCGAACGAGCACCAUCGCGACACGUACGUCAAGGCGCUUUCGGGGGAGUCCCCGAACGACCGGAACGACCGCGCGAUCCGAGUCGCGACCAAGUUUUACGGACGCGCCAUCCCGGGAAAGCGGAUCGUGUUGCUGACGAACGACCGCGGGAAUCGCGCGAAAGCCGCGGAGGAGGGCAUAGACGCGAUGAGCGCGAAGGCGUUCGCGCGGGAGAAGGCGAGAGACGGGAGCGCGCCGGAGUUACUGGACGUCCGCGCGAAAAAAACGUCUUCGACUUUGACGGCGAAGAACGACUCGGGGAAGGGAGGGGCGAUGUUCGAGGAGCACCUGGGCGCGUCGCAGAUCGCCGCGGGGAUAAAGGCGGGGACGCUCCACCAAGGCGCGCUGCGGACCUCGAGGUUCUCCCCGUGGGAAGGCGUCGUCGGGUGCGACGCGGUCGGCGCGGACAUUCUUCUGUCGGGUCGGUCGGCGUUGAACCGCGCGAUGGACGGCGACGUCGUCGCCGUGCGUCUGCUGCCGGAGGAGCAGUGGAAGAAACCGGGGACGCGAAUCGGCGGCGGCGGCGGCGGGGGCGCGUCGCUGGCGCCGCGAACCGCCGACGACGCCGCCGCCGCCGCCGCCGCGCCCGCCGCGCGCGCCGACGGCGUCGUCCCCACCGGCGAGGUCGUCGGCAUCGUCCGACGGUCCUGGCGCGAGCGCGGGUACGCGGCGUCGAUCGACGACGCGACGAACGCGACGCAGACGCAUGCGGUUCGUCUUCUCGCGAUUCCCGUGGACCGCCGCCUGCCGAAGAUUCGAAUCCAAACGCGCCAGGCGUCCGCGCUCUUAGACCAACGGAUCGUCGUCGUCAUCGACGACUGGCCGAUCGACUCGCCGCAUCCGCGCGGGCACUACGUCAAGAGCCUGGGCCCGCUCGGCGACGCGGACGCGGAGACGGACGCGGUGCUCCUAGAGGCGGACGUCGACGACCGACUGUUCGCGCCGGCAGUGCACGCGUGCGUGCCUCCGCUGCCGUGGGCGUUCGACGAGCGCGCGCACUUGGGCGCGCAGCCACAUCGAGAGGAUUUACGGUCGCUGCGCGUGUGCUCCGUCGACCCUCCCGGCUGCCGCGACAUCGACGACGCGUUGUCGUGCCGCGUCCUCGUCGACGACGACGACGGCGCCGAGACUGGGCAGCUCGAGCUCGGCGUGCACAUCGCGGACGUGACGUCGUUCCUGCGACCGAACACCGCGAUGGACGCGGAGGCGCGCAAGCGCGGGACGACGACGUACCUGGUCCAGCGACGCCUCGACAUGCUCCCUAAGCCGUUGACCGAGGACAUCUGUUCGCUGCGAGGGGGCGUGGAGCGGCUCGCGUUUUCGGUGUUUUUCCGGUUCGACGCGAAAACGUGCCUGCCGGUCCCGGGCGUCUCGCCGCGGUUCACGAAGAGCGCGAUCAAAUCGUCCGCCGCGCUGACGUACCAGGAAGCGCAGGAGCUGAUGGACGACGAAACCGACGAGUCGCCGCUGACGCGGGAUUUGAGGCGCGUUCUAAACAUCAACCGCUGCGCGCGCGCGCUCCGCAAACGACGCGUCGACGCCGGCGCGCUCACGCUCGCGUCCCCGGAAGUCCGGUUCGAGCUCGACGCGUCGACGCAGGACCCGCUCGACGUCGCGAUGUACGUCACCAGAGAGGCGAACCAGAUGGUCGAAGAGAUGAUGCUCCUGGCCAACGUCGCCGCCGCGGAGGCGAUUUUGAAGGCGUUCCCCUCGCACGCGUUGCUUCGACGGCAUCCGACGCCGGCGCCGCGGAUGUUCGACCCUCUGCUCAAAGCGUGCGCGGCCGUGGGCGUCGACAUCGACGCGUCGUCGUCCAAGACGCUCGCGGACUCGCUCGACGCGGCGCGGAGACCGGGGGAUCCGUACUUCAACACGCUCUUGCGGAUCGUCGCGACGCGGUGCAUGUCUCAGGCGGUGUAUUGCGUCAGCGGCGCGCACAGCGUCAACGACCGCGUGCACUACGGCCUCGCCGCGCCGCUGUACACGCACUUCACGUCGCCCAUUCGUCGGUACGCGGACGUCGUCGUGCACCGGCUGCUAAACGCCGCGUUGGGGUUGGAGAGACCGGACGCGUCGUUGCAAGACGGAGACGCGUUGAAGGCGACGGCGGAGAACAUCAACUCGCGGCAUCGGAACUCGCAGUCGGCGGGACGCGCCUCCGUGGAGCUGCACACGCACAUCUUCUUCAAGAAGAACAAGGCGGAGACGGACGCGCGCGUGAUUCGCGUGCGCGCGAACGGGAUCAUCGUGUUCGUGCCGAAGUUUGGGAUCGAAGCGCCGGUGCUCUUCGACGAG